UAAAAUCCUAAUCUAAUACACCUUGUAAAAUACGCUGUUUAUUAAGAUUUUAUCGGACAUGAUUCACCAGAGUACGAGGAUUAAUCAAAUUCACAGCCGUUAGGACCUAGAAAAUCAAUUUCUUAACCGAUUUCCGGUUUAGGUAUCAAUUAUCAUUGAAAGAUGAAGAAGAUAUAUCAUUUAUCAUUCACUUUGAUGCAAGUUCCCAAGCUCAACACACACCCACUAAGCAUCGUAAAUGGCUUCCCAUUGUUAAGGAAUCUUACAAUUAGGUUAACAUCCACCAUCAGUCUUCAUUUGGAAAUGAAACGAUGCAAUUUCUUCAUCUCAAGGCUUUGCAAGGAAGGGAAGAUCGAUGAUGCACGCAAGCUGUUUGAUGAAAUGGCUGAAAGGGACAUUGGUUUGUGGACUACAAUGAUAAGUGGGUAUAUUAAAUGUGGCAUGAUUAAGGAAGCUAGGAAGUUGUUUGAUAGAUUGGAUGCCAAGAAAAAUGUGGUUAUUUGGACAGCUAUGGUUAGUGGGUACAUUAAGUUCAACCAAAUUAAGGAAGCUGAGAGGUUGUUCUAUGAGAUGCCACUGAGGAAUGUUGUCUCUUGGAACACAAUGAUUGAUGGGUAUGCUCGAAAUGGCCAAACCCAGCUGGCUUUGGAUUUGUUUAGGAGAAUGCCAGAUAGGAAUGUAGUUUCUUGGAAUACAAUCAUAACGGCAUUGGCACAGUGUGGGAGAAUGGAGGAAGCACAAUGGCUUUUUAAUCAGAUGCAGGAAAGGGAUGUGGUUUCAUGGACUACCAUGGUUGCGGGUUUGUCAAAAAAUGGGAGAAUUGAUGAUGCUCGAGCACUUUUUGAUAGGAUGCCUGUUCGAAAUGUGGUUUCUUGGAAUGCAAUGAUCACAGGUUAUGCGCAAAAUAGGAGGUUGGAUGAGGCUCUAGAGUUGUUUGAGAGAAUGCCUGAAAGGGACAUGCCUUCAUGGAAUACAAUGAUCACGGGGUUCAUUCAGAAUGGGGACUUAAAUAGGGCAGAGAGGUUAUUUGAUGGAAUGCCAGAAAAGAAUGUCAUUACAUGGACUGCAAUGAUGACAGGGUAUGUGCAACAUGGCCUAAGUGAAGAAGCAUUGAAAAUAUUUAACAAAAUGCUAUAUAAUGAUGGAUUAAAACCCAACACCGGAACUUUUGUGACCGUGUUAGGUGCUUGUAGUGACUUAGCUGGUCUUACUGAGGGACAACAAAUUCAUCAAUUAAUAAGUAAAACAGUUUUUCAGGAUAGCCCAUAUGUGGUAUCAGCGCUGAUAAAUAUGUACUCAAAAUGUGGAGAGUUGCAUGUUGCUAGGAAGAUGUUUGAUGAUGGGAUAUUAAGCCAAAGGGAUUUGAUAUCUUGGAACGGUAUGAUUGCCGCUUAUGCACACCAUGGAUUUGGCAAGGAGGCAAUUAAUCUAUUUAAGGAAAUGCAAGAAUUAGGUUUCCAAGCUAAUGAUGUCACCUAUGUUGGACUUCUCACGGCUUGCAGUCAUGCUGGUUUAGUUGAGGAGGGGCUUAAAUUCUUUGAUGAGCUUCUGAAAAACAGAUCUAUACAAGUCAGAGAAGAUCACUAUGCAUGUUUGAUUGAUCUUUGUGGUCGGGCAGGAAGGCUGAAAGAAGCUUUCAAUAUCAUUGGGGGACUUGGGGAAGAGGCAUCAUUAUCUGUUUGGGGAGCGCUCCUUGCUGGAUGCAAUGUGCAUGGAGAUGCUGAUAUCGGGAAGCUUGUAGCAAAGAAAAUUUUGAAAAUUGAACCAGAGAAUGCAGGCACUUAUUUAUUACUUUCAAAUAUGUAUGCUUCAGUUGGGAAGUGGAAAGAAGCUGCUAACGUUAGGAUGAAAAUGAAGGAUAAGGGGUUAAAGAAGCAGCCAGGUUGUAGUUGGAUUGAAGUGGGCAAUACAGUGCAAGUAUUUGUAGUUGGUGAUAAGUCACAUUCUCAAUAUGAGCUGCUUGAGUACUUACUUCUUGAUCUACAUACAAACAUGAAGAAGGCUAGGGACAUGCCUGAUGAUGAUUUAUUAGUUGGUGUGCAAUUUUAGGAAUAUAAAGUCUGUGUUGGUCAAGGCUUGGAUUAUGCAGUGGAAUUGAAAUGUUGGAAAGUUUACUGGUGAUCAGGCACUUUUAGAAAGCUGAAGGAGCAACUGGCUUCUUAAAUUCCAUUGAUUGAUAAAAUAAUCAGUUUAUUAACUUUGCAUGUAGAUGGAUCUGGAGAACUUCCAGGUGGUGUAUCAAAUUGGAAUCAAGAGAAGCACAGUACACACUCAGCAAUGGCAAGUGGUUGGACUUGCAGCAGUCACCAGUCAAAUUCUCUAUUCUCCCUUGGUGUAGCCGUAACUUAACCAGAAGUCCAGAAGAGCCUCCAGCCCUCUGUGCAAUUUCCCUUACUGAUUUUCAUACCAAUUAGCUAGCACCACAUUUCCACCUUCAACAACAGAUAUUGUGGGUGGUCCAAAGGCUAUAAAUUAAGCAAGCAAAUGACUCCGAGAAACAGUUACACAUUGCUUGAUCCCACAAAAUAAUGAUAACUGAUGAGGAUGUCCAAAUGAUUUCAGCAGAGGAUCUGGCCAUAUUUGCUGAUUUGCAAAACCGUGGGAAGUUGACUCUAUUGUUAUUGGAUCUGCACCAAAGACAACCUUUUGAGCAUUCUAAUUUGUUCAACAACAAAAAAAGGUUCAAGGUUACGAUUUUCAUUUUACUUGAUACCAGUUUUCGAGAGAGUUCGUUUUUUAUAUUUGCUAAGACUCAAAUGUAUUGACAAUUUUUAUAGUUUAGUUUUACAAGAAUGCCUAAAAGAAUACAUUAGUCAAAGACAGAAUAAAAGGCCAAAAUGUAAGGAACUUUACU